AUGUCUCUCAGUGCCGGUUUGAUUCGAGUCGCAGCUGUGGCAGACCUUGGUAACACCAAAGUUCAGGAUAUAUACAGUAUCAAAGACCUGGCAAAGAAAUGGAGUACAGUAAAGAUUGCUCAUCCUGUAUUGCUGGUGAAGGUCAUACUCAAGUCACGGAUGAUACAUUAUGCUAAACCUGGCAAAAAUGAUAAAUGGCCAUUUCAGGCACAUUUGUUGAUAGGAGACAAGACAGGGGCUUGUACGGCAGUUUUAUGGAAUGCUAUGUGUCCAAACUUCUACAUCAGCAUUAAAGAGGGGACAGUCCUAUUGUUGAAGAAGUUCACUGUCAGAAAGAGUUUCCAGCCUCUACCAAGAUUUAAACCUGUGCUGCAAAACACCCAGUUUUAUGACAUAGAUAUCAACUUAAACAGCCAUCAUCCAGAGUCGGAAGUUAGAGUAUUUGAUGCUACAGAAUUACCAGAUGAGAUGGAGUUACCUCCCUUAUGUUAUCAUUUUGUUACCAGGAAGCAAGCAGGUUGUUUACCAAACAAUUUUGUAUGUGAUAUUGCCGGAAUAGUGACGUAUGUGGGCAGGUACGAGAGGGAGCCAAUGAACAAUACGUUUGGCAUGGAUAGUGGUGGAUUCUGGGGUAUAACAGAUUUGGAUACUCACCCUGGCACUGAGUUAGUCUGUACCCAUGUUAGAUUGGUACAAAAUCUAGACCAUCUGACUACAUCUCAUACAAAUAGACUGGUUUUCCCGACUACGACAGCUGAAUCUCAGAUAAGUAUUUUGGAUCAUGCAGUGUAAAAAGAGUUAAAGAGAGAAUCUGUGAUAGAGAGGUUAUGGAAAUGGUCCACAUUACGGGAAUGCAAGACUCGGCUGACACAGUCCAGUGUUGGAGGGUAUCUCAACUUCCCGCCUCUACCUGGAACAAUAGACUCAAUAAAAACCUGCCUGAAGGAUACACAGGUUGCAGCAAGUGGUGACUGGGAAAAAGUGUUUACAGGUUUCAGUUUCCGAGAGUACAGGCAGAUUCUUAUACAGGCCACUAUAGUGUACAUCAAACUAAAUGUAGAACAUUGUACUAAUCACAGG